UAAAUAUAAAAAAUCUUGCUAGAUAUAUUGUCUUCUCAGAGGAUCCAGUUGAAACCAUAAAUUCAACGACAGAAGAAACCCCAAGCGCAUCAGCCAUGGAAAUUGAGCCUGAAAUUCAAGCAAGCACAAGCCGAAGACUCGUUACUCCCUGGGAAAUAUCUCCACCACCAAAGCUACGAGAUCCACCACCUAAUCGGAAAGGCCGGAAAACAAAGGCAACUGUUUUAACAACUUCGCCUUAUAAGUGUAAUUUGUUACAGAGCAUUGAAAGCAUUAACAUUAAUCCAUCCCCAAAACCCUCUAAUAAAAAAAAUAUUUCUACCAAAUCGUUUGUUGACUCGCAUUCAAGUGACAGUGAAGAGGAGUUUCCAGAUGUUCCACCAACAAAAGAAUCGUCUUGCAACUACUGUGGCAAAAUUUAUGGGCAGGAUAUAAUAAUGAAGCCUUGGACCUCUUGUCUGCAAUGCGAACAAAUUUGGGCCCACGAAAAGUGUAUUCCCAAUCGAAGUGCUAUUUUUCUUUGCGAUUCUUGUAAGUAAUAUUGUAAGUAAUACUCUUACAAGUGCUAUGAAUUUUAUUGUUGCGUUUUUUGUCAAUUGAAGCUUAAAAUAUUUUUGUUCAAUAUGUUUUAAUUCAGUUCAUAUUCCUUUUUUAAAUGGUUCGCAAUAAAAUUUUAGUUAUCAAUCAAAAGUA